AUGGAUAACGAAUGUGCGGACCCAGGUGCUUGCCUGAUAGAGCGCAAGCCGAAACGUAACAAUAACGUUGGUGUGUCUUCAACCAAUCCGGUCGCCACUCCAAAAAAUGCACCUCAUGGAGACGAGCACUUGCGAAAAAUAUUUAUCGGAGGAUUAUCCACCCAGACGACCGUGGAAACAUUACGUGAGUUUUUCCGGCAGUUCGGUGCCGUUGCAGAUGCCGUAGUGAUGCGAGAUCCGACAACCAAUCAUUCUCGGGGCUUUGGUUUCGUCACCUUCGUAGACGGAAAGUCCGUAGAAAAUGUCCAGCGGGCCCAGCCACAUAUCAUCGACAACAAAACCGUGGAGACCAAACGCGCCCUGCCCCGUCAAGAUUUUGUGAAAAUAGGAGGAGGUGCUACCAAUAUCGCUGCUGGAAUGGGUGGCGUCAAGUCGAACAAGAUCUUUCUGGGCGGAUUGAAGGACUGCCACGAUGAGAACUCCAUUCGGGAGUACUUUUCACAAUUUGGAGGAGUCGCCAGCGUGAAAUUGCUGCUGGACAAGGAUACUGGACGCAAGCGGGGAUUUGGGUUCCUCGAGUUUGAGGAUUUCGCUAGUGCUGAGAGAGCUCUGGUUCAAGGCAAACAUACGAUUAAUAUGACCACGGUGGAGGUGAAGAAGUCCACCCAGAAAGCAGAUCCUGGCAAGCGUCUUCGUUUCCCCGUGGGCGGAGCAGCUCGCGCCGGCUAUAUUCCGCCGCAACCGGCAUCGCUAGAUAGCUACAACUAUAGCAGCACCACCUACAAUCCGUAUCUGGCGCAGACCGUCCUGCCGCCAUCGGCCUUCAUCAACGGCUGGGCCUCGUAUGUGACUCCGGAAAUUCCGCAACCGACCAACACCUUGGUCUACGCCGCCAAGAAUGUUUAUCAGGCUCCGCUACAGCCGCAUCUCGGGUACGCCAGUUACCCGGCGGAGACUUGGUCCGCCUACCAGAAGUAUGCCAAUCAGGAGUGGAUUCCGAGCAAUGUGGUUGAAUGGCCACCGAAGGCCGGGCACAAACACGCCCAGACCUCGACCAACGAAACCCCGGAACCCAAGUCCGAUCCCGGUGCCAGGGGCGAUGCAGAUGGGGCUGGAACUGUGGUGGCACCAGCCGUCUCCACUGGAGCAACCAAGAAAUGGCCCACUGAUGACUAUAAGGUCUUCAAGCCGGCCCAGCGGCACAACUCGAAAGUGGGAAACGGAGGCACCACGCCCGCCUACGGUACGAUAUAUAGUUUGGUGUGUCGAUUAUUGUCCAAGCCAAAGAACUAAACUGACUAAACUGACUGGACCACUAUAUAAAAUUCUAAGAACAUUCAAAAUUUUAAAGCAAAAAAAAUAAUUUGAUUUUAAAGUCAACUACUUUGACAAAUUUUAAGUUAAUUUUCGUUUAAAAGAGCAAAGAUAAGAUCUUAAAAAAA